AUGGACACGCUGCCACCUGUGGCAGUGUCCGUGACUCCUGUUCCAAGAGUUAUGGUACCAGAUGAGCCACCUGACGCAGCGGCGGAAGAAAUUUCUACACUGCCAGAGAUACCGGCACUAGACGGACCAGACGUCAGUUGCAGAGCACCACCGACGGGAGCUGACCCGGCUGACAAUUGGAGUUUUCCUCCAGUGCCAGUAUCGCCCGAGCCAACCGACAACGCCAAUUUGCCACCGUUGCCCCCUGUGGCCCCGCCCGAGAGCAGCGAAAUAUCACCAGAGUUUCCACCAACAGAGGCUCCAGUUGUCAGAGUCGACGCGCCAGAAUCCCCAGCGCUGGACGAUCCACUAGACAAUGCCAGGACCCCUCCCGUUGGCGCAGAUCCUGCUAAGAGGGAUACCCCACCACCAGUGCCACUUGCACCAUUUCCGACAGACGCAGAAAUGGCACCACCCGUUCCUCCAGUGGACGCACCACUUGAAAAGCUGAUCGCUCCGGAACUUCCACCAACAGCAGCACUCGAGGUUAACGAAACAGCUCCUGAAGCACCUGCAGUUGAUGCGCCACUGAGUAAGGACACAGCACCGCCAAAAGGAGCGGCACCAGCAACGAAGGCGACAGAACCACCAGUUCCAACAGAGCCGCUGCCAACGUUUCCAGAGAUUCCACCACCGGCACCUCCAGAAGAAACUCCAGUGGAUAUUUGA